AUGGACGUCGACAUGUGCUUCAACCGCACCGGCACCGACAUGUUCAGCGACUUCGACUUCGCCAGUCACGAGUACCCGCUGGAGUACAAGCCGCUGGAGUUCAGUCCGGAGAGCAUUGUGAAGAUAGUGGCGUAUGCGCUGGUGUUCGUCGGCUCGCUGGUUGGCAACAUUAGCGUGAUCGUCAUCGCCGCCACCAACAUCCACAUGCGCUCGGCCAUCAACGCCUACCUGGUCAACCUGGCCGUGGCCGACAUCUGCAUCGUGCUCUUCUGCAUGUGGGUCCACCUGGUGGUCAACAUAACUCACCCCAUCUUCGUGCUCGGCGCCUUCUGGUGCAAGUUCAACGGCUUCGCGCAGGUGACGUCACUGACGGCGUCGGUGCUGACGCUGACGGCGAUCGCGUGUGACCGGUUCGCGGCCGUCAUGUUUCCGCUGCGCUCGCUGCGCUUCCGGGGGCUUCAGCGCUCCUCCUCGGUGAUCCUGCUCAUCUGGGCCGUCUCGGCCGGCGUGGCGCUGCCCCUGCUCGUCUACAGGGAUCUGAUCGAGGUCCAGUGGAAGGACAUGCUGGAGGUGUCGUGCCAGGAUACCUGGCCAGUGGCCUGGGUCUUUGAUCCUCUUGCCGGACAGUGUGUGCGCACACACAAGCACAAGCACGCCUACUACACCAUGGUGACGCUGGCGCUGUUCUUCGCUCCGAUUGCCAUCAUGGGCGUGACGUACGUGCUGAUCGUCUGGCGGCUCUGGGUGUCAGGGGUUCCCAACAUCGGCGGCACCUCACGCGUCCACACGCAGCACAACGCCAAGAAAACGGUACGCCACGGCGAGUUUGAGGCCCUCUGGUGCGUGGGUUCUCAACCACUGUCCGUUUUCGCUCCAAAUGGAAGCGAUAGUGAUUUGAUGAUGCAGCCCAUUGGGACGCUAGAUGCGUAAAUAAACGCUUAAGGCGGUGCGCUGCCCCACCGCAGUUGGCCAUUUCUGUAUUUCGAGGUUGAAAUGUAACCCUGACGUCACUUACUCGACAUACGCUUUUUGUUUACCUCUGGAAGAAACAUUGCGCAAACAACGCGGCUUACAUUGCCACAUCUGUUUCGUUCAAGGAAUAUCUUCCAGCCAAUGUAGCUUAGAUCACCAAAGCCUAGAUUGUCUUCUACGUCAAGUGAUUGAUAAUUAUCGCUGAUGAUCCUUCUCUGAGUAAUGUUUCUUUUCACGACUUUGCUGAAAGUGGCACGCAUUCUGCCAGGUGUCGUGAUUAACGGACAGGCCAACCCACAAACGUUUGAUUUUCUGUGUGCGAAUAAAUGCGCUCAAUUUCUACAUCCUGAAGGAAGUUAAGCUCAGAUUUUGAAAGAAGCCGUCUGACGUUUGCUGCAUGUGUAAGCUC